AUAAUGUUUUAAUAAUGACUUGAUUUUACAGAUUUUCAGAAACUCAUUUUGAAAUAUUUAACUUCUUUAAAAGUUGAAGUUUCUAAUAUUUCUGAUACUCAACAAGAGAUUAUUAAGAUGGUUAAUGAUAUCCAAAACAGAACUUCAACUCAAGUAGAUGAUUCAUGGGCCCAUGAGGUUGACUAUUUUGUUUCAAGUUGGCCAAUAUCUGACCAAGAUGGUCUCAACGAUAUGGAAAAUAAAAUCAAGAGUGAUUUUAAUUUUCGUAAACAAGUUGUAAGUGAACUGGCUAGGAUUGGAGGCAAGUCUCUACCAAACAUGAUUUAUAAAAUUCUAAAAAAAGUUUUUGAUGAUAGCAUUUUACUCGAAUUCACAUAUUAUGGCUUGAGAAAUAAGGAUAAUUUUUCUUUACUGGCUAUAAAUAAAGUAAUAAUUGAAGCAGUUCUGAAAUCAAAAUUCAAAAAUCAUUCAAAUGAUGAGAUCAUUACAGCCAUUAGUAAAUGGCUAACUGGGGCAAAAGGCAGAAUCUCAAAAAAAUGAAAUAAACUAUUUUAAUAAUUGUA